UUCUCAAUGGUCAAUUGGAUAGUUUUAAAAAAUUAAUUUUAGAAUUUAACAGAGUUGUGGAAAUUGAGUUGCAAGAAACGGAAGAUGGUAUUCUGGUACCAUCUUAUAAAGAAUUAAGUAAUAUAAUAGAAUUAAAAGAAGACAUUAAGGGUAAAGUUUAA